GAGCUGGUGUGUAGAGAGUCUGAGGAGCAGAAGCUGAGCGGAGACAGAAGUCAUGCACAGAGAAUGCAAGAGGGCUGAUGAGCUAACAACAUGUGCUUCAUUCUCCAGCUGAACUGGAAACAGCUCCAAGAGUUCAGCUUACAACUCUGAUGGUGGGAAGAAAUUUUUGGAGCUAUUUGAGUGAGAGGGCUGGAGCAUUUUGCGAUGUCUUAAUCCCAUAACAAAGACUAUAUCAAAGGGACUGAGCAUUAAGAAGCAUUUCAACAGGUGUCUUUGCAAAAGGAUUCUGAUUCUUCCCUCCCCCAAAAAAGCAUUUUUGGAAUAGCUGCAAAUUCAGUAUCCACAAAGUCUGUGGAUUUAACCAAGUCUCCAGCCUGGACUCCAGUCAUCCUUAACUAAUAACCCCAUUGCUUUAACAUAGUUCUUGCACUUGACUGUCUUCUUGGACUUGGACAAAAAUAUUACCUCCCUUCAUCUCCUUCCUUGGAACUGGAGUAGACUGCCCUGAGGAUUGAGAACCCUUGAACUCUAUGGGAAUUUUAUGAGGGGAAAAAAGCUCCAAUUCUGCAGGUAUCUUUUGUGAGUUAUCCUGAAGCUCUGAGAACCUGGGGUGAGUGGCUGAGUGCAGUGGAUCAAGAUAGCAUUCAUCACCACAGCAGAGUUGCUGCUCCCUCUCUGAUAGUAGGAGGCUGCAGCUAGAUAAAGAGAAACAUAAAGGAGUGGCUCUGAUCUGAAGACUCCAGUCUACCUGCAAACAAUACAACACUCCAAUAUACUGAAGCAAGAAUCAGGGUCAGGCUGUGUCAUGGAAGGGGACAUUUUUCUCCCCUACAACAGCAGCUCACCAUACUCCAAGAAUGACAGCAGAACCUGUGUCUUCAGGAAGAAGUACGCUUUUUCGUCUCACUAUCAGCACUCCGCCCCCAUAGCUGCCCUGUUCCUCCUGGCCUACAUCCUCAUCUUCCUGAUGUGCAUGACUGGCAAUAUGCUUCCAGGUGUCACCGUGCUGACAAAUCGGCAGAUGUGGACCGUCACCAACAUGUUCAUUCUCAACCUGGCCAUCCACGAUCUGCUGGUGGGCACCUUCUGUCUGCCAACCACCCUAGUGGACAACCUGAUCACAGGUUGGCCACUUGACAACAUCAUGUGUAAAAUGAGUGGACUGGUGCAGGAGAUGUCUGUCUCCUCUUCAGUUUUCACUCUGGUGGCCAUUGCAGUGGAAAGGUUUCGUUGCAUUGUUUACCCCUUCAGACAGAAACUAACCCUGAGGAAAGCCCUAAUCACCAUAAAAAGAAAAGGAGUACUUGUGGCACCUUAGAGACUAACCAAUUAGUGGGUUUUAGCCCACAAAAGCUUAUGCCCAAAUAAAUUUGUUAGUCUCUAAGGUGCCACAAGUACUUCUGGUUGUUUAAUAUAUCAGUAUUCACUACCUCUUGCCUCUAGUAACUGUGAAUAGAGCCCUCCUGUAUCAGAAUUGUUAUUUGGUGUUUAGUAACCACUCUCCAUGCUGUACAAAAUGGUAUUAAUGACAUUACUGUAUCACUGGCCACGAGUUACAGAAAUAAAACAUCGCUCUUC